AAAUAAAUCGUUUUGUCGAAGCGACUUCCGUCAGUUGAGGGCAGUCGUAGUUGUUUUUCGGAACUGUUCCGCUCAUGGGAUUCGUCUGCUUUUUAACACAAUAUAAUUGUUAUGUCCUACUCCAAUCGUUAUGGUUUUGAUUUUCAUUUACCGGAUGGCGGCUGGUGCAAUCCCAAGGACGACAUGUACUUUCGUCGCAGUGUCGAAUGGGUUCCCAUCCGGAGUGCUGGCGUAGGUAGAUCGUCUGCAAUUACCAACGGUGUUAUUUACCCACGUGUCUGCGGCAUGUUGCCACGCUAUGGAGGACAUGUACCCGGUGAAAUCUUUAAUGUGGGCCACUCUUUUGGCAGCUCUACAGUGGAUGCCAAACGCUGGCUGGCUUUGCACCGCGAUUAAAUCUGAAUCACAGAAAAUCACCAUUUCCAAAUUGUUAUUGUACACCUCAAGUUUAGCACCUAAUAAAAAUUGUUAUUGCAUCUAA